AUGGAGACCACCAAAACCAGCUUCCACACUGAGAUUGGCUCCGCCGGUGUGGAGCCUGAUUCUGUCGGUGAAUUCAUGGCUAUCAAGGAAGAAGCAAUGAGUUCACCGACAGAAUCAAGCUCCACACCGGCGGAGCCAAUCUCAGUGUGGAAGCUGGUCUUGGUGGCCUCCAUCGCUGUUGGGAUCCACCUUGUCGACGCUGUCCAGAUAGCAUGGCUAAUACCAAUCUACGUGGACAACACCGAUAAACUCGGGUGGUGGCAACGUCCUUUUAUGUUUGCGGGUGCCGUUGGCACCGCCAUAGUUUUUUUGACAAUUGAAUUCGCCAAGGACAUUGGGUACUCCUUUGGAGACAACCUCUCCGAGUAUACUCAGCAUCGCGCCUUAAUCAUUUUUGGGAUCGGAUUAUGGAUGUUGGAGAUUUCGAUCAACAUGAACGAUGCCCGCUGUAGAGACUUCCUUGAUGAUUUUGCCAGCAGAGACCAACCAAAGAUCAGACUCGCAUACCAGUUCUUCUCAUUCUUCAUUGCAGUCAGAAACGAACUUGGUUACUUAGCCGCCUUAUUUAGUAGAUUCGAUGUUAUGUUGGCAUUCACCGUGACAAAAACAUGUGAUAGGUUCUGCGCAAAUUUGAAAAGCAUUUCAUAUUACUAA